AUGGCCAUGCCUCACAAACGUUUAUUUGCCAACGUGGAUCCUGUAUUGGAGUUAAAGAAGCACAACACGACGCCUUUAAUAACACGUGGAAAAGCUUCUAAGCGACUCAAAAGUGGUGCAAAUGAGUUUGUACUUGAAAAAUACACUGGAACGAAAAAAGACCGGCCUAAAUCACGAGAAAGAAGUAAAACUCCGGACAUUGGCAAAUGGAAUCGGGAAGACUCAAACCUGAAUGAUCAUAAUCUUUCUAAAAAGGUGAAUUUUUCACCAGCGUUUUCACAAUCAUAUGCUAAGCCCGUUAUGAACCCGUCAAAGACUAAAUCAAGAACAGAGGUACCCUCCAAACGAUUCGACCCAAAAGCAACUGGAGGAACGCCUGAUAUAUUAACGGAUGGAGCAUUUACUACGAACAGCAGGGCACGCAAAAGUGGAGAAACUCCACCAGAUAGACCUCAGGCUUCCGUAAAAUCCAGACGACGCUCACUUUCUGUGCCUCCUGACCCUGGAGAGAAGUACUCUAUUUCAACCAUUGUAAAAGCUCGGAGCUUGGCGAUGAAGUGGCGAGGAAAGAAUGGCAGAAUGGGAAGAAGGCACACUGUUCUACCCACGAUAACUGACGAUUCCACAAAGUUCUCUCUCUGCGCAAACGUCAAGUGCAGUCCCCAGUUUGAGGCGGUGAUAAAGAUCUUACAGGAUGACAACCCGGAAGAUGUAGAUGAUACAUUGAAAAGCUUUGAGCUACUUAAAAUAGAUUAA